UACCAUUUCUGUGACCUUUUCUCAUUUUCAAUCAAAUUUAAUUCUACAAAACUAUCAUUGAAUUAUUCGACAUUAAUUGGUAAAGAAAUUUUAUAUCUUUUGCAAUGUAUUGUUUAUAUUAAAGAUCGAGUCUUUUAUUAAAUCUUACGUUAUAAUAAAAUCUUUUUUAGUGAAUAGUAUUGUCAAUUAUAAGUUAUUGGAAUUAUAUUUUUCAUUGUGUGUUUCAAAAUUUGUUAGUAAACAUAACACUCUGGAAGUUAAAUAUAACGUAUUUCAAAGUAGUAUUUGCAUUUCUUCUCAUCCGAUACACGUCAAAAGAUCAACGACUACGAGUAUACGAAAACAGUAAGUUGAAAUAGAAGAUAUGGAACAAGCGAAUUCCAUAAGUUCUACAGAUAAAACAUAUAGUUGCAAAAAUUCAAGUUCAAGAAUAAAUUUAAAUGAUGCUAUGUUUAUGUCAAUUAAUGAUGAGGUUUUUUCAUACUCGGGUAACGAGUGUUUUCCUGAUGCAUUAGAUUCUGGUCUCUCAUUAAGGAAUGAAGACACAGAAAUCGACAUAUCAGUUGCAACUAAUACAAAAGGAAGCAAACAUAUUUCAAGUAUAUUUGAACACAAUGAUAGCACAAGUCUGUUUUCUUUACCUCGUACAAAACCUGAUUCAGAUUGUGUAAGCAAUAAUCUUACGAAUGAUUAUUUACAAAAUUCAAGUAAUUUGCAACACCAACAAGACAUGGACACUGAAAAAGAUAAUUGCAAGGCAAAUAAAGAUGUUUCAUUAAGAACACUAUUAAGGCAGAUGUUCGAUGAAAUUUUAGGAAGACAUGACUCUACAAAACAAUUAGGCAAAACUUAUAUUAACAAACAUUCAAGCAAUGAGUUUUUAUCAAAUGAUAGCAACUUAACAGACAAAUCGGACAGUUCUUUUGAAAUAAAUAAUAAUGACCCAAUAUUUCAAACACAAAAAUUUAAUAAUAUGUCGACAACUUCAAUUAAUAAUAUAAAUAACUAUAGUAAAAGCAAAGUUUCAUCUUUAUCUAAUACAUCUUCUUUAGACAGAUUCAAUUCUGAGCAAUUAAUUACAAUAUUGGAGGAUUCCAAUGAAAGUAGUAGCAAUUCAGAAUUGAACGAUUCUCAUGAGUACUCUGGGAGAUGUAUAGGCAAAUUAAAACAUUUCUUUCCUCGUAAAAUAGUAAAUAAAUGGACGAGCAGAAAGAUAUUUACCACCAGUGAUAUAAGUGAGAUAAGUGAUACCACUAAUAUGUCUUCAAAUAUAUCAACUGAGAUCGAAAUAUUAAGUAAAGAAAUUUUUAAAAAAGCAGAUAAUUUACUUGAAAACAGGAAUGAGAGAUUCAAUGUAAAACGGUCGCCAGUGUGCAAAUUAUGCAGGGUACCUAAAUUAUUUCAAAUUCCUUUCAUAACUAUAACUCCUUCAACUCCUUAAAAGAUUUCUAGAUAAAUAAACUAUUUAAUUUCAAAUUUUAAAAAUA